UGGUAGCUUCUUUUUAAAUGCAAGUCAUAUUUACACAAAUUCAUAAAAAAUGGCCCUUAUUUUUCACAGAUUUAGCUUCCUUCUUUGUUCCUUAAUGUUUAGAAAUGUGAAACAUGUUUAUAAAUUUAAUUUCACAAAAAUCUGUAACAUGCCCAAAGCAUGCCAAUGCUUUGACAAGGACAAUAUCUGUAUUUUUUAUUUGGAAAGAUGUACAGUUUACAUAAACUUAUUUAUAAUUGUAUGCAUGAAAAAUAUGAAAUAUUCCACUAGACAAUUUUCAUGUAAUCUUUGCCAUACAUGUCAUCUAGAACAUUGCAUAAACAUUACAAGAUUUAGAUGGGGGAGCAGAAAAAUGGGGCUCAGAUUUAGUAUAUCGCAUAUUUGAAUAACAUGUUUCUACUGUAGUUUAAUUUUAAGUGUUUAUGCACUUAAAAAGUACUUGUAUUUAUAAUACAUACUGCUAAGUUGGUAAUUACUUACUUACCUGGUUACCUUAGCUAUACAGUAUCAAAUAAGGCAUUAUACACUAAGACAAGACAGGUUUUUCCUACAUAAAUGUUGUAAGACUACUACAUUUACCAUAAGCAAGAUGUACCAUGCCCCGUGGGAUAUUACUUUGCAUGCUUACAAUAUAGUACAGUCUACAGCACAACUCCAGGAUAUGACAAAAACCGAACAAUAUGUGCCCACAUGAAUAUUAUUAUACAGCAGACAGGCCACCAACAUGUACAGUAUCACAAAAGAUGUGUGUUGGGUAGAGGUGUAUUUUUUAUGUACUAUUGUAUAUAGGAUUGGAUGCCUGUGAGGUAGUUGUCCAUCCAGUCUUGGUCAAGGUAUUUUGAGCAUGGAAAGAGCAAAUAUUCCUCAGGCCCCCAAGAGUAAGCCGCUUUUGGAGACACCCAAGGGAUAUGGGCUUGCUCCUCAACCAUACACAGGAAGUGGUGGACCAGGGGCGCCUCCACCUCCCCCAGCUGCUAGUAACUAUGGCAUGGAGGGGGAUGGCUAUGACUACUGGGGUGGUGGAUAUGGUGGCUAUGGCAACCAGCAGUAUGGUGGACAGGGAGGACGGUACGGACAGGAUCCCUAUGGGCGAGCCCCCCUUCAGCCCACCCCUUAUGGCCGCGGUGGGUCAGAUGGCUAUGGUCAGCAGGGCUAUGGUCAACAAGGGCCCCCAGGGGCCAAUGUCCCUGUCCAGGGGGCAGUCAUGAUGGUGUAUGGACUGAAUAGCGAGAAGAUGAACUGUGACAGGAUCUUCAACUUGUUCUGUCUGUAUGGGAAUGUGGUCAGGGUGAAGUUUCUGAAGAGUAAAGACGGAGCAGCCAUGGUUCAAAUGGGAGACGCCUCGACAGUAUCAUCAGCCAUUCAAAAUCUCAACAACACAUUUUUCUUUGAAAACAAACUGCAGCUUGG